AUGAUCCGGUGUAUCCUAGAAGGCCGUCUCGCGACUCCCGAUGAGAUCAGACUGGCGACGCCACUCCCCGUGCUCACUAGCUGGCGGUCGGUGUGGAAGGACCGUAACGAGGACACAGCGUACCUGACGGCUUGGAAGCGGAUUCAGGAAAAGCUUGCAGUUCACGUCGGCGAACAAGGGUUAAAGGAGACGAUCGAGAGAAUCAAACAAGUUUGGACUGUAGGAGCUAAAUUCUACGGAAUACCUGAAUCGUACAUUAGGGUUUGUGUAGCUGCCUGUCCUGUUUGUCUCGAUCCAAGUGGCUCAGCAGGGGCACGUUCUAAAAGGCGUAGGUUUGAAUACACAGAAUCAUUCGAUGUCCCAGCAAAAGAGGUGCCAAACAAGCUGCAACAAUUGGCAGCUAAACACAAGGUUGUUUUGUGUAUUAGGCAAAAGUAUAUUAGGUAUAAACCUUUCAUGGCAGAGGUUAAAGAUUAUGCAUGUCAUCGAGCAGGGGAACCUGCAUCUUCCUCAAAGAAGUCAAGAAACUUGAAAAGAGAAGCUUAUGCUUCAAAACGAUGCGGAUGUAGAUUUCGAAUAAGAGCAAUUGUCCCUAUUUCAAAUUACAACGAAAAAGACAAAACUUUUGUUUAUCAAGAAGAAGGAAUAGCUGUGUUUAAGCUGUAUGCAGUGCAUUCAGGACAUGAACCAGGGCCAUUAGAUGGGAAUGCAAGAAUAAUGCACAGAAUUGUUGGGCAUAAAGGAGGGUUAUUAAUGGAACAAGACAUGGUUUAUGGAAUGAGUGAAGAAGAGAGUUUUUCAUUCAUGGGGAAAGAUGAUGGUGAUAUGCAAAGAUCCGUGUUGCAGCAAGUUAAAGAAUUGAGAAAUGAAGUCGGGUUGCUGGAAGGGAAAAUGACAAAAAUACCCCCUGAGCUGCUAGGUUCAGUUUCACAAGAACUGUUUGAUCUGUUGAAUAAAGUUAGAAGUGUAGGGGGAUAUGAGGAGUCAAAAUCAGGAGGAGGAGGAGGUUUGGUUUGUGAGAAGCUGCAGUCUGGUGUGUUGGUGGGAGUGGGAGAGAAUGAUUUAGGAGAUUGGAGCCAUCAUCAAAGGAUUUAUGGUGAUGCAAAAGAUGCAGCAGAUUUAAUUGAAGAUGAUGAUGACAGUUUUGGCCAAACACUUGGAGAUGUUGCUUCUUGUUCUUGGGAUGAAAAGGAUCUUUUAUGUAAACCUGAAAAAUGGCUGAAAUGCAGCAGCAGCAGCUGCUUUGAUGAAAAAACUAUUACACUCAGCGACUCCAAAUUAAUAAAGCCCAAUAUGAAUAUGAAUAUGGAGACAGAUAGCCUUGUAUCUCUACAAGUUGACAGUUUCUACCCUGAGAAUCCUAGCAAAUGUAGCGCCGCUACAGACAACCUCCGAUCGUCUCCUCCAGAAUCUUACACAAUCGGCGCUGCUCAACGUCAACCACUAGAUCCCACAUUCCGUCGUCCAGAUCUUACAUUCCAUCCUCCAGAUCUGCAAUCUUCGGUUCAGAUCUAUGAUUUCUGCUACUACCGACGUUCAGAUCUGAGAGCUCUGGUACAAAUCUAUGAUCUCCAUUGCAUUAGAUAUUCCAGAUCUGUGAUAUUCCGAUCAUCGUUGCAUUAG